AUGAUGGAGUGUUUUGCAAUAUUCAAAGACAAGUCGAAAUCUCUGGAACCGAGAUCGGCGCCGGAAUUGAGUAAUCCACUGGUUCAGCUUCAUCAGAUAAUUUGGAUUCAAGGCGGGUAUCCAAAUCCACUGGUUCGGCUUCAUCCCCUCGGAGAAAAAGAGCAGAAUUUGAGGGUUUUUUCUUUGUCAGAACAGGCUGCAGAAGAUUGGGGAAGAAGCCCGUUUCUGUUAUACUCCGAGGGGAUGAAGGUGGUUUUGGUAGUGUUUAUAAAGGAUGGUGUUGGCCUUGGUCUGUUAUGUUGGCCUUGGUCUGUAGAAGUUGUAGUUGGAACAUUGAGCAGCUUAAAGGAUGGAACCAGGAGAAAGCCAAAGUCUAGGAACAUUGAGCAGCUUAAAGGUUACUUGUUUCAUAAGCAUAAGCUCAUCAUGUGCAGCUUAUGCUUGGAAGGACGGAAGUAUUUGUUACAGCUGAUGUCCGGCGAGUUCCAAAAUUGA